AUGGACGUCGACACAUUUGAGGAGCCUUUUCACAAGAAGCGCCUCGUCUUUGAGGCACGAAGCUGGGCCGAAAGGCUGGCACAUGGGCCGAGGAACACAAACCUUCCGGCCUCGGAGAUGCUGCGCGGCUUGGGCCCGGAGGAGGACGAGAUGCAGGAUUGGCUUGCAAGCCUGCGAGGAUCUUCCCAAGUACCGGGCUCGGUGCAGCGGCCGGUCUUGGAGGAUGUCGAGGUUCGCGUGCUGCGCUUGUCAGGACAGACUCUGAGUUUCAGCGUGGCAUCUGCAGAGACGACACGAGACCUCAAGCAGCGAAUUGAGCUUGAUACUGGAGUGCCAGUGGAUUGGCAAGUGCUUCUACGUGAAGGUGAUGGCUGUGCGACCAUCGAGCUCAUGGACGACCUUCCGGUGGGUCCAUACUGCGAUGGAACAGAGCUACAGUUGAUCCUGCAGGUCUUUCAUUGUCGAGACAUUUGCCUGGCAGCUGUCGAUGGUGCAGGGAAAUAUGGGGCGAUGUUGCAGCUCUUGGAAUUCGGUGGUGAUCUCGCCUGCUGCUACAUCGGGGCCUUGAGCUUCCAGGAUACCAGCUUGAGAGACUUGGCCCUUCAGCUGUUGUUGAAGGGCUUACCAGCCACGGAAGCAACUAGAUUGCUGGCACGGGCCUUGACUUCUGGGGACGAGGAGCUGCAGCGCAAAGCUGCCAUGGCAAUUGCACGAUGGUUUUAUUCAGACCGCGCAAGCCUCUCCCUCUCUCUGCAAGAGGUUUCACAAAACGAGGCCUCGCUCAUGCAGAGUCUCCUAGAGCACGUGGAGCGGCGCAGCAAAGUGCCUUCAAAAGGACGGCCAUGGGAAGGUGGACGAGCCAUUUUCGUCAACGAUGCCUUCAAGGCAGCGAGGGGCACGCUGGGAGGUUACCUCACCACGGCUCGGCGGCUGAAGCCUGGGUGGAUGUAUCGGCAGCUGAUACCCAUGAGCGGAUUGGAGAUUUUGGAAUCCACCCAGUUGCCGCAAGUGGCUGCUGAAAGAGGUGUCUCGCUGGAAAAGCUUCAGUCCUGCCUGGAAUUCAAGUGGGUGAACAAGAGCGGCAACUUCCCCUGCGCAGCAGUGCCUGAGCCGAUGCUCUUGACAGCUGCACGAUCCAUGCCAGAGUUUCUGCCAGACAGCUUACUUUCUUGGGUACUGGUUAGCAUCACGAACGUCACGCCUUUUCUCCGAACGGACCCUGACAGCAGCAUGGCUGAGGAAGAGGAUGCAGACCUGUGGGCCGCCGUGGCAGAGCUCCCGAGACUUCCAGCCGAGCACACGCGUCUCGCGUUGGAAUGCGCAACCUUGGCAGCAGGCCCCGGACAUCGCCGCACACUGGAGGCCGCUUGCUGGCAGGCUGGGCACGGCGACGCUGCUGUCCGCGAGCAAGCCAUGGAGGCAAUCCAGCAGUUGGCGCAGGCCUCCGACUUGAGAGGGCUCCAUGCGCUGAUGGAUACAUGGUGGGGUACUGACGCGCACGUGCAGAGGAUCCGGCGUGAGAUUGAUCGCUUUUUUCGAGGUAGACAAUUGUCUGGCACGCAACCAGUUGAGGGCCUGUAG